UGUGAGAGAGGGGAGAGAGACUCUGAUGAUCUUCUCAGCCUUUCUCAAGACCUGUAGGGUCUUGGGUUCCACUGCAGUUCCCAAACCAGGCAGUGAUGCAGCUGCUCAGAAAGCUCUCAAUGGUCCUCCUGUAGAACUUGGUCAGAAUUGAGGGAGGAAGAUGGGCUUUCCUCAGCCUUCUCAGGAAGUAGAGAUGCUGCUGGGCUUUCUUGCUGAUGGAGCUGAUGUUGAGUGAUCAGCCUCCAGAGGGACACAAAGCUGGAACCAUGGACCAGGUCACCUUCCACUGCGACACCGUGCUCUCUGACGUGCACUUACUGCUCCCAAACGCUCGCCAUCUAAUGACUCGACUCAAUAGUGUCGGACAGCCAGUGUUUUUGUCAAGGUUCAGGAUUUUGCCGAGGGACGAGGAGAAGGAGGUUUGUUCUCUGUCACACUCUUGUCUGGAUGAAGAUGGAGACCUGGAUGUAGUUAGGAAGCCAGCUGAGACGGUGCAGGGCCGUGAAACUGCUCACCCCAUCAUCCUGAGCCAAGCUGAAGGAGCGAUUAGUGAUGAUGAGGAGGAGGUCAAAGAGGAAGAAAUGGACAUGAAGGACCUCAUAAUGAUCGAGCACACGAUGGCGACGCCUCUGGAGGACGUGGGAAAGCAGAUCUGGCGCGGCGCGUUCCUGCUCUCCGACUUCAUCCUGUCCAACUCAGCUGCGUUCACACGAGCAACGGUGCUGGAGCUGGGAGCUGGAACCGGAUUAGCCAGCAUCGUCAUGGGACACGCAGCAAAAACGGUCUACUGCACAGAUGUUGGAGAAGAUCUUCUGAGGAUGUGUGAGAGAAAUGUGCAUUUGAAUCAGCGAUUCAUUGCAGCUUCAGACAAUUGUGGUGUGAAGGUUCGACAGCUGGACUGGACCUCAGACGAUUUCCUCACAGAUGCAGAGUCAGAAUUCGGCUGGAGUGAGGACGAGAUAUCGGACCUCCACGAUAACACCACGGUCAUCAUCGCUGCAGACGUGUGCUAUGACGAUGAGCUCAGCGACGCCCUGUUUCGGACUCUCUAUCGCAUUUCCAGCAAUCUGCUUCACCCCAGCACCGCCUACAUCAGCAUCGAGAAAAGGCUGAACUUCACGCUGAGCCACAUGGACGUGUCCUGCGAAGCAUACGAUCAUUUCCGCCGCUGCCUGGAGCAGCUCGCCGAGCCGAAAGAGAAAGAAACGAGGUUCACUGUGUCACCGGUGUCCUGCUCCUUCCCUCAGUUUUUCCAGUACGACCGAGUGAAAGAACUGGAGCUGUGGAAAGUGUCUGCUUGUCCCUUCAAAACUACAUCCAGCUCAGCAUCCUCACAAAGUCCUGAUGAAAACGAUGCAGCACUGAAGCUGAAUACUAAUCCAGAGUUCAGGUCCAAGAGUUGAUGGUCAGCUUUUGAGUGUUUGAGAAAUAAGUGCAAUAAGUGAUACAUGAAUCCCCGAUGUGAAUCCUAAUUUUGUGAUUACCAAAGGUUUUAUUGUACAGGAUGAAGGUGGUGGUGAGAAUUUUAGUUUAUUUUUUUAGCUAUGGAUUGUGCUUUUUCUGUUUUUUAGAUGUUUUGCUUCCAGUUGGAAUUUCAUGUUUUGGAUUUGAAGUUCAUAUUUAAAAUGCAUUGUGUGGUUUUACUGAGAUUUUACUGAGAUACAAAUCAGAGGGCAGAUAAUUAAAAUAGAAAUAAGUUAAAUUCAACUACAGAGGAUAAAUAGGCGGUGAAAAGUUUAGAUUUAAUAUAAAUGUAAGCAAAAUAAUGCUUUACCUUUUUUAUGAUGGCCACUAGAUGGCGCUGGUUUAAUAUUACAUUGAAAAAAACGACGAAUUCAUCUGAGCAGCUACAGUCGACUCUGUUCAGGUUUCCAUUUAUAUUGCAAUAUUUUAUGACUAGAGAUGUUUAAUUAUAAAUAAACACCUUCCGUUAAAUCCUA